UAAACCCAAGUUUUCUCUCUUCUGCAUUAGUCCUUGGGGUUUUCAACUUUGUGUUUUUCUUCAGCGCUCUCUCUCAUAUUGCUCCCUGCUGAUAAUUUUAGAAAGGGUUUCUGCGCAAACAUGGCAGUCAUUUCUUUCAGGGUUCUUAUGAGAGUUGUGACCAUCUUUGCUCUUGUUUUUGCUAUUGUCUCACCCAAUGUUGAAGCUCAGUCUGCUGCACCAGCUCCUUCUCCUACAAGUGAUGGAACUUCAAUUGACCAAGGGAUUGCUUACGUUCUGAUGCUUGUGGCACUGGUGCUUACAUACCUUAUCCACCCUCUAGACGCGUCCUCCUACACCUUCUUUUAAAUUAUAUUAUUCAUUUUGGUAACAGAGUACUAUGUGGAUAAAUCUAUCUAAAUCUAUCAAGUUCCUUUUUUUUUCCCUUUCUUUUUGGGUGAUGGAUGUAGUGGUUAAUGGUUUGCAUUGGUUUUGAGAGAUUGAUUGAUUAAUGUGAUUCCUGAAAUGAUAGCCUACUGUGUUGCCUCCA